AUGGACCGGCUUUUCCGUCGGGCAAUGUCUUCCGGUGGCCCUAAAGUCGAGGACGUGCUCCGCUCUCCGAAAUGGCCUCUCACGUGGCCAUUCUCGCCUCAGGACUUCGGUCGUCUGGAUGAGUCCGAUGACGGCUACUUCUACGCCCAGCCCCGCAUUGGUGUACUCCACAUCGAUAACGGUGCUAUCCGCAGCCUCAAAAAGUUCUACGCCAAAAAUUUGCCCCCAAAAGCUAACAUCCUCGACCUAUGCUCAUCGUGGGUCUCCCAUCUCCCAGAAGACUACGAACCGCAGGGACUCACCAUCCUUGGAAUGAGCCCUGCAGAACUCGACGCAAACCCCAGGGCCACGAGGCGCGUCACGCAGGACCUAAAUAAGGAACCGAAACUCCCCUUUGAUGAUAAUGAGUUUGAUGUCAUUACGAAUGUUGUGUCAGUGGAUUAUCUCAGCAGACCACUCGAAGUUUUCCAGGAGAUGAAUCGCGUUUUAAAGCCAGGUGGCAAGGCAAUCAUGUCAUUUUCGAAUCGAUGCUUCCCAACGAAAGCUAUAGAUAUCUGGUGCAGAACUGCAGACAUAGAGCAUGUGUUCAUCGUAGGCUGUUACUUCCACUAUGCGGGCGGCUUUGACAGUCCUCAAGCACAUGAUCUUAGUCCCGGUCUUUUCGGCAUGGGAGAUCCAAUGUUUGUCGUGGAGGCAUCGAAAAUCUAG